AUGUAUGCUGCAGGGAAACCGGCUGACUGUUCUCAUCAUUACAGAGCAUUAGCGAUCCUCGUGUCUUCCCCGCCGAGUCCCACAGGUUCAUUGAGCGGCUAUGCAACUUUUCAGGCCAAUGGCAACGUGUCUGAGUAUAUCUUCGUGGAGAAACAUGCUAAAAGGCGAGCACGCACUGGAAAGUAUGCCGUAGCUGGUUCUAUGGAAUGGCGAGUAUUGGCUGAGCGCUAUGGUUGCUCAUUGGUGGAAUUCACUGUGGAUAAGUUUGCGCGUCAUCUUCCACGUUUGAUGUUUUCCCACUUGCUGUGUCCUAUACUUGGAGACGAGCUGUAUGGAAAUCGUCUUAUUGAAAUUGAUGGCAGACCGGCAACGGUUCAACCGAAAGAUUUACGACGUGUCAGGAAUCGACGGUAUUUCCCUGAAGCCCUCACAGAACGUUUUGGUGUGUCUGCAAUGGAGUUACAAAAAACGAUGCCACUAUAUUGUCAUGUGCAUUCCACGUUUUUUCCGCGAUACGGUUGGGUGCUUGGUCGACCGCGGAGUGAACAGGAAGUCGCUGAUCUUUAUGCCAAUACUCCACCU